CUAAAUCUACAUAUCUGCGCAUCCUCUGUAUCAAUUGGUUGCUCCUGUCAUUGAAUUAGCAGCCGUCAUUUAUUUUGACAGGCGUCGAGUACUUUUUUCUCUAACCUAUACGCCCAUGCCUUAUUUUAGUAACAUCUAUUAAUAAUUUAGAUUCUAGAAAACAUUUUUAAAGCUUAAAGAUGCAAUGUCUUGCUCGCAAGAUUCUUAAAAGUAGAACAGUGGAUGCAAUUACGAAUCAAUGGUAGAGGUUAGAAUUAUGCGUAAUCGAUAUUUACGUGUCCAAAGAUAGAAGGAAUUUUGUAUUAAAGUACAAUCGAGAAGAUGGGGCCUCCACCGGUAGUAACGGGAAUAUCUCCCAAAGAAGGACCACCAGGAACCCGUGUGAUUGUUCGCGGUGAAUUCCUGGGAAACAAAGUGCAAGAUCUCAUAGGUCUAACGAUAUGUGGGUGCGAUUGUCUUUUAUCCGCGGAGUGGAAGUCCAACAAUAAAAUUAUUGCCAGAUCGGGACCUUGCAAAGGUCGUGGUGACAUUAUAGUAACUACUCGCAGUGGAGGUCAAGGAACUUCUACAGUACAAUUCCGUGGUUAUCAUGAAACCAUAGGACCUAUGAAAGAGUCCGCUGUAUGGGUAGAAGAAGCUCCUAUGCAAAGUUUUGUAUGGGGAAGAAGAACACUUUCUCCAACAAAUUAUCAGCAGGAUGAUCCAUUGGGUCUCAGUGUGGAAGGCAAUGACAAAAAGUUUCCUGAAGAUGAGCUGAUGGAGCUUUUUGGAGAAGGUAGUGGAGAUCUUACAAGUGAAAAAUUUCAUCCUGGCUGGUUUUUAUUGCAGCACCAUCAUGCUACCACUUUUGAAGAUUUGAAAGCUGGAUUGGCAUAUCUUAAAAGAAAAGUGAAUUCUCAGAAAGAGGGUCAAUUAUCAUUUCUGAAGGCCAAUGUGGGGUCAGUAAUGGAACAAUUGGACACGAUAAUGUUACUAAAAGAACAGUUCGAAACAGAUAUAAAAAAUUAUGGUAGCGAUCCUACCGUGAAAUUAGAAAAGGCUAUACAGCAAUCCAUGUCAGAGGCUAAUAAAUUAUUCGACGAUGUAUUAGCAAGAAGAGAUAAGGCGGAUGCAACGAGAAAUGCUCUAGCUGUAAUGCAGCGAUACAAGUUUCUCUUUUGUAUGCCAAUUAACAUAGAAAAAAAUAUAAAACGAGGCAAUUACGAUCUUGUAAUUAACGACUAUGCUAGAGUAAAAAAUUUAUUCAAAAAUACGGAAGUCGAAGUCUUUAAACAAGUAUUACAAGAAAUUGAUGAUAGAGUCGAGAAAUUGAAAGUAUUUCUGAGAAAGAAGCUCGAAGAAAUGCCUUUCAGUUUGGAAGAACAUAAGAAGAUAAUUAGAAACCUUGUUAAUUUGGAAGCUGAUGGAGAUCCAGCUUGGGAUGCGAUAGUAUCGCAUGCAAAUUAUUUGAAGAAAAGUAUUACUGCUUGCGUGCAAGAACAUUUGGAGAUAGACAAUUCAAGUGAUGACGAUUUAAACAAAAAAUUGAUGCAGAACAACAAACAAGUGAAAUCGAACAAAAACGAUGGAACUAUUCCGCCGCAAAUAUCGUGUAUCGAAGCAAUUUGCAAUGUCGUCGUUGAGCAAUUACCAGAUCUAUGGAGAUUGGGUCAGAGUUAUUUCACGGGACAGUUGCAUGUUGCCGUGGAUGCGGAGAAACAAACACCUUUCAAAAACCUAGUGCUGUCAAGUAUGCAAUAUGCCAUGGAAGCUAUGAGGAACACAUGUAGCAACGAUUUAGAUGCAAUAUGGCUUUUGCAUAUUUUGCGCCGAAUUAGACAAAUGUAUGCUUCGUUGAUUCAUUUGGACUUGCCAAGCGAUGCACUGGACAUUUUUGGGAAACUUAUACUGGAUUUGAGAUUGCAGUGCUUUACUGCUCUCUUUAAGCAAACAGCUGAAAACAUAUCAAUUUUGUACAAAAAAGAAACUUGGCAGAUCGAAUACUUGAACGAAGACGGUGGCGUCACAAGAGUGCCAUAUCUAUUUGAGGAAAUGACCAGGGAAGUUGCAAAGCGAGCGCGAGACACGGUAGUUGCUUGCGGCCCACGAGAAGGAGCAUUGUUUGCUAAUCCUGCCCAGCAACAAUUAUACUAUAACUCUAUUAAAACAUUGUUCACAUCGUUCGCGCGAUGCUUGCAGCAGUUGGCAUUCAGCGGCUGCGAGGAAGCCCUAGAGGACGAUGAACAAUCAGUUUCCCAACUAGUCGGUUCUCCUUCAGGAUAUACUAGCAAGGGCAAUAAACACCAAGGCCCGACAUGGGAACAAUGCCUCUUGAUCUCAUUAAGUAAUAUUCGUUAUACACUGAACACCAUCCUACCAAAAGUUCGGGACUCAUUGAAAGAUCUGGAUUACCCGAACUUGUCGAAUGCGGUGGGAUGGAAUUCUGAUUGGACGCAGCUGGAAACAUUGGAUACGGCUGUGUUGGACGCGUACUUGGAACGUCGUUGUGAUCCAUUGGUCGGUACGAUCGAACCAAGCAUGUAUCUCGGUGGUUUGGAAUGGGACUUUGAAACCGAACCGACUCAUGUGAGACCGUACGCGCAGGAGAUACUAGCGAAUCUAAUCGCGGUCCAUGCCGAAGUGCGUCGUGUAGCGCCAGCGCUGUUGCACAGGGUACUCUCUCACAUCGUAGAAACCGUAGCAGAAGAACUUGCAAGACUUAUGUCCUGUGUAACGCAAUUUCGACCUGCCGGAAUUGUGCAAGCAAGGACCGAUAUCAUACUUUUACGAAACGCCUUGUAUUCUUACAAUACAACUAGAGCCAAAAAUUUCUUCGAGGAGGCGUUGGACGCAAUACCCCCGCCCGUCAGCAAAGAAGAUCGAGUACGUAUAGACAUGCUGCUGUCAAAAGUGGUAACGUCCAUGCAGUUGCAAUUAUCUUGUCUUGCCAGCGAUACAACAAGUAAUACUCCAACAAUGUUAGCCGAUCCUAAUCGUGUUACCACUGUCUAGUUGUAAUAGUAACUUAGAGAACUAAGUAAGUAAUUUAUUAUAAUGACCGUUAUAUUUUUGUACCGUAAACAGUAGGGUUCUCUGUAUUCCAGUCCCUAAACUCGUUGCUAUUUGUCUCGGAUAAACGUAAUGAAUAUCAGCCUGAGAUGUAAAACUAAAUAAAUAUGACGUGAUGAACUGGAAAAAUAAGUAUCGCUUGUUAUAGAAAUCGAAUGAAGUAUUGCAUAUAAAAAUAUUAUAUCUGCUUUGAUUA